AGAUAAAUGCUGCUAAACCUGCCUCUAGAUGUUGUUAAUCUAGUUUUGGAAAAAAUGGAGCCAAAAGAUUUAUUACGAUCCCGAAAAGUAUGCCGAACUUUGAGAACUACCGUUGACAAAUUUGGAGUCAGUUUUUGGAAAAUUAGCUGUCAUGUUUGCAAAGAUCUCAUCUAUAUAGCUUUUGACUAUGAUUCAUGCCAAUAUGUUUCUGCAGCAAAUAAUUAUGGAUUUCCAACAGAUGAUGAACAAAAACGAUAUUAUGGAGAAGACUUUGUGGAGAUAGCGUUCCAAGAUUUGAAAAUCGUACUGAAGCACGUAUCAAGAUUGUGUUUUACAAACGAUGAUAGUAUCGACAACACCACUUGUUUCAUUAACCUUUUGAAAUCCGAAGAAUGUAUUAAAGCACAGGAAAUUGAAUUUACAAGAAUCCCAUUCAAUGCUGUUGUCUCGAUUCUACCGAUAUUCGAUUCUCAAGCACUGGACUAUAUGGUAUUGCUAUUUGCAAAAUCUGACCCUAUUGAGCAAUUUGAACGAAUAACCUACUUGGAUCAAUGGAAAAAUGCAAAAAAUCUCAGAUUAUAUGUUUCCAAGUUAGAAACUUCAAUGCUCAAUAUGUUUCACUUUGAAAACUUCAGUAUUGGCAAAAUGUCCAACUUUCCAGUAGAAAUGGCAGUUAAAAUUCGAGAUGAUCUCAUAACGAAAAGUACAUUUCAUUCUUGCUCUAUAGAAUUUGACACAUCAAAUUCGAACCCGAUAGACAUUGCGAAAACAUUCAAACCGGAAUAUAAUGGUGGAAACAAAUUCAAUUUCGAAUAUUCAAACAAUCUCUACAAAUUCAGGAUCAAAUAUGACUUUGCUCUUUUUAUUUUAAAGUUGCGACCAUCACACGAAACUUAUAGUCACAUUUUUGAUUGAAUCCUAUAUGUUUGAGGUUUGAAUUAAAUUAUUGUUUAAA